AUGGCCGCCCACAGCUGCGCUGCGCCGCGGAGCCUUAAUGGCUGCAUCCGGCUGCCGGCGCGUCCGCUCGCUGCUAUGCUCCCUGCCUGCCGCCGGGACCGGCCGGGGCCACGGCGUAGCGCCCCGGAGGGCGGCCUCUCCUUCUACGUGCUGUGGGAGCUUCAGGAGCCGCCGGUGCGGCUCAGGGGCCAGUCCAGCAAGAUGGGUUUCCAGGCUUGGCUGCCCCUGCCGCUGCCGGAGCAGCUGGUGGUGUUCGGGCUGGGAGACUGGAGCUGUUACUCCCCGGACACGAGCAUCGCGGUGGAUGUGCUGGUGUCCCCAGGCAUCGCCCCGCAGCGGGUCGGCACGCUGCAGCCUACCCGCAGGUCGCUGGUGUGGGAAGGUGACUGGAGAACGGAUAUGUUUAUGGCCUCGUUAGAAGAGAUGGACAAAGGCAACUCUGUGACGCUUGUCCUGACUGUCAAUGGACAGUUGCUCCGAGGUGUUUUCAGCAGUACACCUGUCCACCCCUUCCUUGUCCCAGAGACCACACAGUCACCAGUGCUUCCAGCAGAUGAGAAGUCCUUUGGCCAGGACCUGGAGGAUCCUACUGCAGUUAACAGUCAGAGCUCAGAGGUGACUGCUAGAGCAUCCAGGCCUGGAAGGAAGGUGGAAGCCAGUGGGGCCUGGAGGAAGAGUCCUGCCCACCUCAAGAAGCCCAGGAAAGUUUUAUUUGAACCCACAGCAUCUGAGAGAGAUCUUGAUGAAGAAGAUCUCUCAGUGAAGGAGUUGCAAGGCAGUCCCAGCCCAAGGUGGUGCCAUGCCAUGUGCCUCAGUGACCUGGGGACAGCUGUUCUUAUUGGUGGAGAAGGUGUUGAUCAGCAGCCCUGCAAGGAUGCGUUCUGGAAGAUGGAAAUUGACAGUGAUUUCUGGCUUCCAGUGGGUUUCCAGCUACAGAAUGCCAUGCCAUUGUGCUUGCAUGGACACACAGCUACCUAUGACCCAGACACCAAGCGUAUCUACAUCUUUGGGGGCAUAAGGGAGGACAAAACCAACAGCAGCAUCUACAUUCUGGACACAGUCACUUGGAAAUGGCUCCUUGUUGCUGCUAAAGGGAAGAUGCCAGAGCUCACCUACCACAGUGCAACUAUCUACUGCAAGGAGCUCUUUGUUUUUGGCGGGGCUUCCCCCCAAAAGGCAUCAAUGGCAGCUGGACCCUGCAGCAAUGUGCUCUAUAUCUUCAACCCAGAACAUGAAAUUUGGUAUCAGCCCAUCUUGGAAGGGAAGAAGCCUCUGCCUAGGCUUGGGCAUUCAGCUACUCUACUGAAGAACAAGCUGCUGAUUUUUGGGGGCCGGAGGGCUUCUCUCUACCUCAGUGACAUGCACAUCCUAGAUCUGGGUUUCAUGGAGUACACACCAGUCCCUCUCCUCGCAGGACAGCCUUCCGCACGUUGUUUUCAUGCAGCUCUGGCUGUGUCCAACCAGAAGGUUCUCAUCAGUGGAGGCUGCAGUGUCAGGGGAGCCCUGCAGGAUGCCUUUGUCUUCCACCUAGAUACUCUUUCAUGGAGCACGGUGAUCCACCAUGACCUCUGCUCUGUGCCCCGGGCUGGCCAUACAUUGCUUGACCUGACUCCUGCCUGCCUGAAUGAUGUGGACAAGGAGAAUAAAAAGGAGCACAGUCUGCACACAGUGUUGGUCUUUGGGGGCUCCAACUGUGCUGGGACCUUUUACAACAGCACAGUCAAGAUCCAGCUGGACCUAUGAUAAUGCAAAAUACCCUGAAUAAGCCUGGAACAGCAAAGGCUCUUCACCAGCCUAAAUACAGACAUGGAUUGCAAUAAAUGAGUCCAAGCAA